CGGAAAAUUGACAUCAGCAACUAGCCAUGGUGAGCGAUUCCAAAGAAAGAGACGCAUUGAAUGCAAAAAAGCACGGAGUGAAAAGAGAAGUUCCAAAGGCAUCACUUGUUCCGGUGCAGCCCAAGCCGCUAAGUUCCAAAGAUAAAACCACAAAGAGACUUAUAGUGGUUCUUACACAGGCAUGUCUUGAAACGCACAAAGUGAGCAGUAGCAGUGGACCUGGGCACGACAAGUAUGUGCUACUCAACUGUGACGACCACCAAGGAUUGCUCAGAAAGAUGGGUCGUGAUAUCUCUGAAGCCAGACCAGAUAUCACCCACCAGUGUCUUUUGACUCUUUUGGACUCUCCAAUAAAUAAGGCCGGAAAACUGCAAGUUUACAUUCUCACAUCGAAAAACGUGUUGAUCGAAAUCAAUCCAUCUGUGCGUAUCCCUAGAACAUUCAAAAGAUUUUCUGGUUUGAUGGUCCAGCUUCUGCAUCAGUUGUCCAUCAGAUCUGUCGAUUCCGAAGAAAAAUUACUCAAGGUCAUCAAGAACCCUAUAACCGACCAUCUUCCCACCAAGUGCCGUAAGGUGACGCUUUCCUUUGACUCGGAAGUUGUGAGACCACAAGAGUACAUUAGCAAGUUAGAUGACGACGAAAGUCUCUGUGUGUUUGUUGGUGCAAUGGCCAGGGGAAAAGAUAACUUUGCUGACGAAAUGAUCGACGAAAAGAUUGGUCUAUCCGAAUACCCACUCUCUGCAUCUGUGGCCUGCAGCAAAAUGUGUCACGGUGCAGAGGAUGCGUGGAACAUCCUCUAAUCACAUUGUUACAAAUCAGCCCCCGUAUGUAUGUGUAUGUAUAUGUAUAUUCUUCAUAAAUAACGCUAAUAAAUAGUAUGCUAUAGAAUAAAGGGUCCAAAGUAUAAUAUAUAGAAUUGAAAGGAAGGUG